AUGUUGCAAGACACAAAGACACUCGACAUAAGCACGAUCCCCGCAGACGUCUGGCUCUGCAUCUUCGAACACCUAACCCCAUCCUCCCUCUCCUCCCUAGCACAAACAUGCAGCGCCUUCCACCAUCUCACCCACCGUUGUCUGCUACGUGACAUUAGAUGGACCAACGUCCAAGCCGCAUUGAGGAACGUGGAGGAUUGGAGGGGCGAUUGGAAGCAGUGGUGUGGUAUCCCGCGGAGUCUAACGAUCAAGCUGCCGUUUGAGGAUAAGACGACGAAGAGUGGGUCGACGUGGGUUGCCACUCCUUCUCGUCCGCUUAUCAACGCAUCGCUAUACAACACGAUUCACCACCAAGUCCUCUCCUUCAUUCGCCUCCACUCCCUCAUUCUAAAAAACACUUUGAUUACACCCGUCCUCUACCCAAUCCUCGCAUCCCUCUCCCUACAUACCCUAUCCAUAACACACUGCACCUACUCGCACACAGGCAUAUGGUCCGACUCCUCCCUUCCCAUGCUUCCCCCCGACAACGCGGAUUCCUCCGAUCCCUACGAAUACAUCGACGAUUUCGAUUUUUCGAAUCUAUCCAUCAAAGAACUCGCACUCGGGACGUUCAGGGACUUAUCCACGGGCCCCUUGGCGCCGUUACAUCCAUUCAACAUCAUCAGUUCCUCCUCACUCACCUCGCUCACAUUAACAUGCGGCGUAUCCUUCCUCCUCUGCCUACGCGACCUCACCUCUCCCUCUCCCCCUCCCUCUGCCAAUCCAUUCGCGCUCUUCAAAACAACGGGGUUACCAAGCAUCCAAUCGAUCUCACUAACGGUUAUUAAACUAACACACGACGGCGAACUCGCCAUUUCCGCAUUUUUGGCGCUAUGUACCAACCCAGAGCUAAAAGUCUCCUUGAGGGUGCACGAUACCGAGAUCAGGGAUCGUGCGGAUACUACUACCACUACCACUACCACGGUGGGGAUAAGGAAUGUAUGGAAGUAUCAAGGACCCGUAGCCGUUCUACGACUCCUCUCCUCUUCCUCCCCACACACAAAUCAAAUCUCGCAUCUUACGCUAACAGACUCACUAAACACCAAAUCACUCAUAUCAGGCUUGGAAAGACUCAGCAGCAGCCACAUAAACGUGUUGAGCGUCAAGAUGCAUGUGUGGGAUGUCGAGGUGCUUUAUGCUAUCCGCGGUUUGUUUAGGGAGUGUGUAGAGGAGGUUAGGGUUGAGUUUGGGGUUGGGGGUGUUGACGAGCGCGUUGGUUCUUUUCCCCGCGUUCUCGUCGCGGCGUGUUCAGAGGGUGGGCCUGUCUUCCCUGUUCCCUCUCGCGGGAGUCUUCACCCAGUUCGAAAGGGUGUCUCCUCAAUGUCGAAGAACGUCUCUCUUCUUCAGUGUGGAGACGAUGCAGGUCUCUCGAGGUGGAAAGAAGUUUCUCUGAAUCUGUGUCGAAAGGAUACUCCCCCUGUGAAGGAACGGGACGACCGUAUCCCAGAAAUCAUUCUGUGGUUUGGUGUUUGGGGUUUCAGACUCGUGUUUCCGAUUUCCGCUGCGGUGAACUUCGCAAUAACUCUCGGCGCAAACAUCCUCCCCGAUCUCAAAAACCUGCGUGUCUUGAAAAUCGUACAAGAAAGCUCAUGCGUCGCGCUCACACGGGAAGGACGGGUCAACAGGUAUAUACAGUACAAUACGCAUCAUCAUCAAGACUACGACUCGGACGACGACGACGGCAACGGGCCUGUCGCUGCUCAUCCCACUGCCGCUCACACGAACGUCAACGCAGGUGCAGUAGGUAUGGGCGUGACGUGGAACAACAUCCAUCACGCCAACAUCACUCACAUCCCAGCGUGGCCCAACAACCACGUCUCCUCCUCGGGACCUUCUUCGAAUGACACCGCAGCGGCAGCGAAGACGAGCGCAACCCCAACUCUGACGCUGUUCGAUGAUACGGAUUUUGAGGGCUAUCUGUUGGGUUGGAAUCGGUAUUGUCGAAAGUUGCGAUAUGUGCAGUUUAAGAGGGGGAGUGCUUGGAUGAGGAGGUUUGAAGGGGAUGCGUGGGUUGAGAGGGCUGUGGGUAGGGAGGACUCGGAAGGGGAUGAUUAA